GCCGCCGACCGGGACUCAGCAGCCCCGCCAGGCAGCAGCCGCCUGUGAUGCUGCUGUCCCCUGUCGCCCCGUGGCCCCACGAUGACCCACAGCCCCGCGUCAAGCGAGGACGAGGAACGCCGCAGUGCCAGCGAGUGUCCCGAGGGGGGCUCAGAGUCCGACAGCUCCCCAGACGGGCCCAGCAGAGGCCCCCGGGGGACCCGGGGCCAGGGCAGCGGAGCACCUGGUAGUCUGGCCUCCACCCGAGGCCUCCAGGGCCGCUCCAUGUCUGUCCCGGACGACGCCCACUUCAGCAUGAUGGUCUUCAGGAUUGGCAUCCCGGACCUGCACCAGACAAAAUGUUUGCGGUUCAACCCUGAUGCCACCAUCUGGACAGCCAAGCAGCAGGUGCUCUGCGCCCUGAGCGAGAGCCUGCAGGACGUGCUCAACUACGGUCUGUUCCAGCCGGCCACCUCAGGCCGCGAUGCCAACUUUCUGGAGGAGGAACGGCUACUUCGGGAGUACCCCCAGUCUUUUGAGAAGGGGGUGCCCUACCUGGAGUUCCGAUACAAGACCCGGGUUUACAAACAGACCAACCUGGAUGAGAAGCAGCUGGCCAAAUUGCACACGAAGACGGGGUUGAAGAAGUUCCUGGAGUACGUGCAGCUCGGGACGUCCGACAAGGUGGCACGGCUGCUGGACAAGGGGCUGGACCCCAAUUAUCAUGACUCGGAUUCAGGAGAGACCCCCCUGACUCUGGCUGCCCAGACGGAAGGCUCUGUAGAGGUGAUUCGAACCCUGUGCCUGGGAGGGGCCCACAUCGACUUCCGGGCCCGGGAUGGCAUGACAGCGCUGCACAAAGCUGCCUGUGCCCGUCACUGCCUCGCUCUCACGGCACUCCUGGACCUUGGGGGCUCCCCCAACUACAAGGACCGCCGAGGCCUGACCCCUCUGUUCCAUACGGCGAUGGUGGGGGGCGACCCUCGCUGCUGUGAGCUCCUCCUGUACAACAGGGCCCAGCUGGGCAUAGCUGAUGAGAAUGGCUGGCAGGAGAUUCACCAGGCCUGCCAGCGGGGUCACUCUCAGCACCUGGAACACCUGCUCUUCUACGGGGCUGAGCCCGGAGCCCAGAACGCCUCGGGGAACACAGCCUUGCACAUCUGCGCCCUCUACAAUAAGGAGACCUGCGCUCGGAUCCUCCUCUAUCGAGGAGCCAACAAGGAUGUGAAGAAUAACAAUGGACAGACCCCCUUCCAGGUGGCAGUGAUCGCUGGGAAUUUUGAAUUGGGGGAGCUGAUCCGAAACCACCGAGAACAGGAUGUGGUGCCCUUCCAGGAGUCCCCCAAGUACGCAGCCCGGCGACGGGGACCCCCCGGCGUAGGGCUGACGGUGCCCCCGGCACUGCUUCGGGCCAACAGUGAUACCAGCAUGGCCCUGCCCGACUGGAUGGUGUUUGCCGCCCCGGGGACCUCGUCCUCUGGGGCCCCUGGCCCUACCUCAGGGCCCCAGGGCCAGUCGCAGCCCUCGGCCCCCAGCACCAAGCUCAGCAGUGGGACCCUCCGAAGUGCCAGCAGCCCCCGGGGCGCCCGGGCCCGCUCCCCAUCCCGCGGGAGGCACCCUGAAGAGGCCAAGAGGCAGCCCCGUGGACGGCCCAGCUCCAGUGGGACGCCCAGGGAAGGGCCGGCAGGGGGCACAGGGGGCUCAGGGGGCCCUGGGGGCUCCCUGGGCAGCCGCGGGAGGCGCAGGAAGCUCUACUCAGCAGUACCCGGACGCUCCUUCAUGGCCGUGAAGUCCUACCAGGCCCAAGCCGAGGGGGAGAUCUCCCUGAGCAAGGGGGAGAAGAUCAAAGUGCUUAGCAUCGGGGAAGGAGGCUUCUGGGAAGGCCAGGUCAAAGGUCGCAUUGGCUGGUUCCCCUCUGACUGCCUAGAAGAGGUGGCGAACCGCUCCCAGGAGGGAAAGCAAGAAAGCCGCAGUGACAAGGCAAAGAGACUCUUCCGGCAUUAUACCGUGGGCUCCUACGACAGCUUUGAUGCCCCAAGAAGCUUGAUGGAUGGGAUUGGCCCAGGGAGCCCCACCCCGGGCGCCCCGUCCCCGUCGCACCACGGCAGCGGGGGCGGGGGCAUCGGCUCCUCCCAGGCCCCGGCCCUGCGCUACUUCCAGCUGCCCCCCCGGGCGGCCAGCGCGGCCAUGUACGUGCCAGCCCGCUCGGGCCGCGGGCGCAAGGGGCCCCUGGUCAAGCAGACCAAAGUCGAAGGCGAGCCGCAGAAGGGCGGCGGCCUCCCGCCCGCCCCGUCGCCCACGUCUCCGGCGUCGCCGCAGCCGCCGCCGGCCGCCCCGUCGGAGAAGAACUCCAUCCCCAUCCCCACCAUCAUCAUCAAGGCCCCGUCCACCAGUAGCAGCGGCCGCAGCAGCCAGGGCAGCAGCACCGAGGCGGAGCCCCCCACUCAGCCCGAGGCUGCGGCCGGCGGCGGCGGCCCCUCGGCGCCGAGCCCCGCCCCGGCCAUGUCCCCGGUGCCGCCGUCGCCCUCGCCCGUGCCCACCCCCACCCCCACCUCGCCCAGCGGCCCGGCCACCCUGGAUUUCACCAGCCAGUUCGGAGCGGCCCUGGUGGGGGCGGCCCGGAGGGAAGGGGGCUGGCAGAACGAAGCCCGCCGGCGGUCCACGCUCUUCCUCUCCACCGACGCGGGGGACGAGGAUGGCGGCGACAGCGGGCUGGGCCCAGGGGCGCCCCCGGGGCCCCGGCUGCGCCACUCGAAAUCCAUCGACGAAGGCAUGUUCUCCGCCGAGCCCUACCUGCGGCUGGAGUCUGCGGGCGCGGAGAGCGGCGGCGGCUACGGGGCUUACGCGGCCGGCAGCCGCGCCUACGCGGGCAGCGGGGCCAGCAGCGCCUUCACCAGCUUCCUGCCGCCCCGACCCCUGGUCCACCCGCUGACCGGCAAGGCCCUGGACCCCGCCUCCCCGCUCGGGCUGGCCCUGGCCGCCCGAGAGCGGGCGCUGAAGGAGUCCUCGGAGGGUGGUGGGCCCCCCCAGCCCCCUCCAAGGCCCCCAUCGCCCCGCUAUGAGGCCCCGCCGCCCACCCCACACCACCACUCGCCCCACGCCCACCAUGAGCCAGUGCUGCGUCUCUGGGGGGCCUCACCACCGGACCCCGCCCGCCGGGAGCUGGGGUACCGGGCAGGGCUGGGCAGCCAGGAGAAGUCCCUUCCGGCCAGCCCUCCAGCUGCCCGACGCUCCUUGCUGCACCGCUUGCCCCCCACAGCUCCCGGGGUCGGGCCCCUCCUCCUGCAGCUGGGGCCAGAGCCCCCGCCCCCGCACCCCGGGGUGAGCAAGGCGUGGAGGUCGGGGGCCCCCGAGGAGCCCGAACGGCUGCCCCUACACGUGCGGUUCCUUGAGAACUGCCAGCCCAGAGCCAGUGGGGCGGGGGGAAGGGGACCCCCCUCGGAAGACGGGCCGGGGGUUCCGCCGCCCAGCCCACGCCGGUCCGUACCGCCCUCGCCGACCUCCCCGCGGGGCAGUGAAGAGAAUGGGCUUCCCCUGCUAGUCCUGCCGCCCCCUGCUCCCUCGGUGGAUGUGGAAGACGGGGAAUUCCUCUUCGUGGAACCGCUGCCCCCGCCCCUGGAGUUCUCCAACAGCUUCGAGAAGCCAGAGUCGCCCCUCACACCUGGGCCUCCCCACCCGCUGCCGGACCCACCCACCCCAACCACCCCCUUGCCCCCCGGGCCACCACCUGCUAUUGCUGCCGCACCUCCCACCCUGGACUCCACGGCAUCCAGCCUGACUUCCUAUGACAGUGAGGUGGCCACACUGACCCAGGGGGCCCCCGUGGCUCCUGGGGACCCCCCUCCGCCAGGCCCACCGGCCCCGGCGGCCCCUGCUGCGCCGGCCCCACAGCCUGGCCCAGACCCACCGCCGGGCACAGAUUCCGGUAUCGAGGAGGUGGACAGCCGGAGCAGCAGCGACCACCCUCUGGAGACCAUCAGCAGCGCAUCCACACUGAGCAGCCUCUCUGCCGAAGGCGGUGGCGGCGGCGGGGGCGGGGGCGCCAGCGUGGCCAGUGGGCCAGAGCUUCUGGACACGUACGUGGCCUACCUGGACGGCCAGGCCUUCGGGGGGAGUGGGACUCCCGGCCCACCCUAUCCUCCACAGCUCAUGACUCCUUCUAAGCUCCGGGGCCGGGCUCUGGGGGCCAGCGGAGGACUGAGGCCCGGCCCUAGUGGGGGACUCCGGGACCCUGUCACUCCCACCAGCCCCACCGUCUCGGUGACAGGGGCUGGAACGGAUGGGCUGCUGGCCCUGAGUGGUUGCACGGGACCCUCAGCGGCGGCUAUGGCCGGGGGUCCGGUGGCUCUCGAGCCGGAAGGCCCUCCAGUGCCCUUGCCAUCGGCCUCCUCUCUGCCUCGGAAGCUGCUGCCCUGGGAGGAGGGCCCGGGCCCCCCGCCACCACCCCUGCCCGGGCCCCUGGCCCAGCCUCAGGCCUCAGCCUUGGCCACAGUAAAAGCCAGCAUCAUCAGUGAACUCAGCUCCAAGCUUCAGCAAUUUGGGGGCUCCUCGGCAGCUGGUGGCGCUCUGCCCUGGGCCCGGGGAGGCAGCGGGGGAAGCGGGGACAGCCACCACGGGGGAGCCAGCUACGUCCCUGAGAGGACCGCUUCCCUGCAGCGGCAGAGACUCUCUGAAGACUCCCAGUCCUCGCUCCUCUCCAAACCCGUCAGCAGCCUGUUUCAGAACUGGCCCAAACCACCUCUGCCACCACUCCCCACAGGAAGCGGGGUCCCCCCUUCAGCAGCUGCAGCUCCAGGGGCCACCUCACCCUCAGCCUCCUCCUCCACGUCUACCCGCCACCUCCAGGGUGUGGAGUUCGAGAUGCGGCCGCCUCUGCUCCGCCGGGCCCCCAGCCCCUCACUGCUGCCCGCCUCAGAGCACAAGGUCAGCCCUGCGCCCAGGCCCUCGUCCCUGCCCAUCCUGCCUUCUGGACCCCUGUAUCCGGGCCUCUUUGACAUCCGCAGCUCCCCAACUGGAGGGGCAGGAGGCUCAGCUGACCCUUUCGCCCCUGUCUUUGUGCCACCACACCCCGGGAUUUCCGGGGGGCUUGGUGGAGCCUUGUCAGGGGCCUCCCGCUCCCUCUCACCAACCCGCCUGCUUUCGCUGCCCCCGGACAAGCCCUUCGGCGCUAAACCUCUGGGGUUCUGGACCAAGUUCGACGUGGCUGAUUGGCUGGAGUGGCUGGGCUUGGCUGAGCACCGAGCACAGUUCCUGGACCACGAGAUUGAUGGCUCCCAUCUGCCCGCCCUGACCAAGGAGGAUUACGUCGAUCUGGGUGUGACCAGGGUGGGCCACCGCAUGAACAUCGACCGGGCUCUCAAAUUUUUCCUGGAGAGGUGAUGGCUGGCCUGGACGGACCAGCCCGUCCACAGAACCCUUGAGCCUACUGGCCUCUUGACCUCUGACCCCUGACCGUCAUUCUCUCCCCCUGGGCCAGGGACUCUGCUAGAACUGUGCCCUGCCCUCCUCUCCCAAGGCCGGAGGUCACCAGGUGGCCUGAUCCUGGCCAGACAUUUGCACCUCACAGGAGGGGGCAGCUGACACAAGACUGUGUGUGAAGCAGGGAACAGGGGGGAGGUGAUGGAGGAGAUCACAGAGGGGGAUGGAGAAGGAGGGAAGGGUCGGUUCUGGGGAGGGGGAAACAGACAGAGCCAUAGAGGGUCAGCCCUGAGCCUGAUUGGAUGGGGGUUGUCCCCGGCCGCAGGGGAAGGGGGUGCCCUCAGAUUCCACCACCUGCCACCCCUCUAACAACCCUUCCCCCCCUCUCCAGGCCCCUGGGCUCUCCCUAUGCACCUUCCCCUCUCCCUAGCACACACAGCAGCCACCGCCCCCACCCCCCGCCCCGGCCUCUUGCACGCUCCUUUGCACGCCUGCUUGCCUCUCCUCUCCCCGGGCUACAAUUUUGCACAAAUUUGCCCUCUCGCUGUCUUGCACACUCCGCCUUCGCUUCUGGCUCGUGAGGCCCUCUCAGCGCUCAGACACGCCCUGUUUCCCUAGCACACAUUGCAUCUCUUCUCCCACGUUCCGUACCCUUACUGUCUCAAACUCUCGCCUGUGUACUCUUCCCUUGGUACCCUCUCUUACACACCUCACUCCUGAAAAUCUCUAAACCCUUGCUGCAGACACACUUGGGACACCCUUUUCCCUACCCACUCACAAACUCUGUGCGCACAUACUUAUUCUGUGGAACACACCUGCCUUUAUUCAGCUCUUGCACACUUGCUAUCCCAUGCACUGCUCCUGACACGCUUGUGCCCAUCGUCUUUAAGCAUCUCCCCUUCUUGUUCUCGAACCCCCACGUUCUGACUCUCCCCACCUCUCCCUCUCACAGUGACACUCCCACGUCCUUCCCUGCCCCUCCCCUCCUCACGCUAUCACUUCUUAUCCCGCAUCUUGUACACCUGCCUCCCAGGAACUGCUUCUCUCUCAAAUGCUCGCUCCCUUCCUCUUUGCCAGGCCCCCACUCCUGUGCACCCUUCUUUUCCAAAUUUGUGUCCUGCUUCAUUCUCAACUCUUCUGUGAACUUUCUUGCACACUCAACUCUUGCACACACGUCCUCCCCAGCACUUCCGCUGCUCUUGAAGCCAUGUUCCUUCUCUAACAAUGUUCCUGCACACCAUGGCUUUGCUGCACACUCAUUCUUGAAUUUCUCCUUGUUCUUGUUGGCUCCUCAGUGACUGUUUCCAUCUCCCGGGGGGAACUCGACUGUCUCUCUCCUUUUGCACACUUGUCUCCUAACACACUCUUGGGCUAUACUGUCGUUUCUUUUCCUAGCAUCCUUAUUUUUUGUGCCUGUGGAGGAACAGGUCUUGCAGACAUUCUUACCCUGCCUGUUUUCUCACCUCUUGGACACUCCUUUCUCCUGUCGAGAGAAGACCCUAUGCACACUCCCCUCUUGCUCACCAUGCCUCCACGCUUCCUCUUCUCCCUGCUCCAGUCUGUGACCCACAUCCCCCCUCCUCUCGCUCUUCCUAGCUCUUCCUGGACCAUCUCUCCAUCCAUUUUGCACGAAGAUUCCCCCACCCCCACCCCUAACCUUUCCUUCUCUCCAAGAAACACCUUCUCCCUCCAGCAUGGCUGUUCCUUCCUGCACGCUUCCCCCCUCCCUUUAUUCCUGGGGCUUGGGAAUUUUAAGCCACCCCUUCCCCUGGGAAGCCCCCUCUCCUACUGUGGGUAAAGGGGGGAGGGCAUCGCCCUCAGGUCCCCCCCAUGUUCAGCUGCCAAAGAAGGGAGCUCCCCCUCCUUUCCCCAAGCCCAUUCCCCCUCUGCUGCCCCCUACCCCCGGGGGGGGGGCGCUCCGUCCAUAGGGGGGAGGGUGCUUGCAGCCCUCUCCCCUCACCACGUCAGGGAUCUGCGGGGAACCUUGUGGGAGGGUCGUGGGAGGGGGGAGGCGUGGCAAGGAGGGGGGCAGAGGUCGCGCUGGGCCCCUACCCGCCCCCUCCCCCUUGUCGGAUGCCCCCCGUCCGCAGGGGGCCUGCGCGGCGCCCGUCUAUCAAGGGCUUGUUCAUUCUGGAUGGGUGCCGCGGGGUUGGGGAGGGU